GAGGGGUCGGCGGGCUGCGCGGCGCUGGGCCGGGCCGGGGCGAGGGAGCUGAGGGCCGGCCGCGCCCGCCCGGGCCAUCGCGGGCUGCCGGCGAAGCCCCGCCAUGCCUGCCGCGCCGCUGCCGCCCAAGGAGAGCAACCUCUUCAAGAGGGUCCUGGUGAGGAGAGAGGGCAGGGCCUUCCUCGGGGUGGGGUGGGGGGUCGCACCCUCGUCGUCCUCGUCACCCCCCCCCGCCUUCCUUCCCUUUGUGCGGCGCCCGCCCUGGAGCUGAGCCCCCCGACCCAGCCCUCCUUUCCGUCCCGGCACCUUUCCGGGCCUCCCCUCGGAAGGAGGAGGCCUCUCUCGGCUCCCCUCCUUAUUUACGGAUAAGCUAAACAAGCUAUAGCUUAGGGCCCCACUCCCUCCAAAAUAGACUUCUCCUUAAUUCUCUCACUAUUAAUAUACUUCUUAAUUGUCUCUCACUUCUUCUUAACUGCAUUUCAGUUCAGCAAUUACUUUGAUAAAACACCUAUUUUGUUAUGUGCAAAUGUACCUAUUAGGUGCAUACAUUACCAUAUAGCAUAUAUUCAACACACAAAACAGUGACAAUUUGUUGUUGGCAAAGGACAGCUGGACAUAUAAAAGGCCCCAUUAGUAGCUUAGGGCCGCAUCAAACCUAAAUCCGGCCCUAGGCUCUCGCUCUCUUCCCCCCACGCCCUUCUGCUGUCAGUUGCCUGCAACAUACCAUUUGUGCAUUUCAUUUGUUUUGUUAAAUUUUCCUGCUGUCCUUCCUCCGGAGGCCUCAUCCUGCUCUCUCCCGCCCACCCUGAAUAUCCCACACUUCUCGCCCCUCGCUGGAGAUCCCCCGUCUGGUCACGGCGUGGCUUCAUCAGGACCGAGGACACUGGAGAAGUGCAGGAUUUGCUCCAGCCCCCCAGCUGGGCCCGCCAGGGGCUUCCCCAAGGGAAGCCAGCUGGCAGGAUCCGAGCCUCUUGUGUACAGAGCCCUGCCAGCCAGGCUGGUGACCUGGAGAGCCUCCCCCCCUUCCCCCACGAGGGAGUGGGGUUGAGCCCUCUUUGACAACCACCCAAGUUAUGGUCAUAACUGUUUGCAAAGGACCGCCUCCAACACUGCAACCCCAUGAACACGACAGGGUUUAAUUUUAAAUGAGUAUGCAAUAGGAUUAUGCUGUCCAGCUGCAACCCCAGUAAAGCUGCAUUAGACACAGUGGGGCUUGUUUCCCAUUGAACACCCUGAAAAGCUGCAUCCCUUAAACUCGCUCCAAUGGGAAUAAGUUCUGAAUCAAACGAGACAGCUUAGGAUCAUGCUGCACUUCAGCAACUUUUUCACCUCCUCAGCAUCAUUUUAAAUCAGGUCCCCAGCCUCUGUUCUUAGCUCCCCCUGAAGCACCAAACGUACAAAACCCUUUCAGUCGUUUUGGGGGAGUGGGUUGUGUUCAGAAGCCAACUUGCAUUCUGCAUGUUAACCAUGCAUGCCAGCUUCUCUUCUGCUUCCCCAACUUAAGAGGAGUUAGGGUCACCUGUGCCCACAACCUUCCUUUAGAAACAGGCAGCCUGGGUCCUUGCAGCUUUCCUUCCCCAUGAAGCGGUAGAUAUACCCGAGCAGUCAGUGUGCUGUCACUGCAUCAUCUCUACACAAGCUUCAAAAGGAAGCGUACAAAACCAGUCAUCACAAUGUACUGGAUGACCCAGGCACCAAGACAAUAAUAAAUCAGUAGGUAUGGGGUGAAGGGGCCUCCACAUGGUGUUUUGAAAUGCUUCUGGAGUCUUCUAAAAGACACUCAUUUUUUGUAAUUGACAUUUCCACCCCCCCUUUCUUGUACUAAUAAAUUACCAUGUUAAACAUGUGGGCAGUGUUUGAUUAUAUAUGAGCAGUCAAAAAGUUGUUUAUUUUUAAUCUGUCAGAUUCCAACCUUUGUAAAACUGCUUGGUUUUAAUACUGUAUUUUACUGGGAAAAUGGGGAGAAGUGGAGUUAGUUUGUGUAGGUGUGGUAACUUUUUUCACUUAGGGGGAUAAUCUGCUGGGAGGUGCAUAACAUUGGUGGGCAGAGCCAGAGCAAAGAUGAUUGGUAGACCUAGAGGCAAACAGUCUGGAAUAAAAACCACCCUGCUACAAAUCUCACCAUGAUUUCCGCAACUUAGAAACUCCAAGUCUAUGGAGGCUUACUCAGAAGUAAGCCCCACUGGGUUUGAUGGCAUUUCUAACAAGAACAUAGGAAAAUUUAAAUUCAACAGACAGUUGCUGUUGGAAAGCAAAUUAAGCCAACUCUUUUCUGACUUGGGCGUGCUAAAUGUGCACAUAGAGACACACAGGCCUGGUUCGCAUAUUGCAUAGCUGAAAACAGACUUGUUUAAUUUGGAUGUACUGUACACUGGUUCAAGCUACUGAGAAGUUCACUCCUUCCCCACUCCUGCUGCUGCAUCACCAAGCAGCAAGCCAGAGUCCAGCUUGUGAUUCCUGAAGCUGGAUUUGUGGUUUGUUUCUCUCUAAGCAAACCAUGACAAGGUAACAAAGGUUUGUUCUUUGCAUUCUGCUGGUGGUUUGUUUGGAGGAAAUAAACCACAGCUCCUGGUUUGAACAUCACAGCAAGCCAGACUCCUGACUUGUUGCCCAGAGGUAUGGCAGGAGCAGGGGAAGAGCAGAGUGAGAAUUUUUAUUGUUCACAUAAAAUCAUUGCUUAACUAUAACUUGUAUGGCCCAGUUUGCCUGUCAAAACUCUUAUUGGACACCUGGAGGCAUUUAGCAAGGGGAGAUGGCAGGUAAGGAAAAGGAAAAAAAGUUAAGAACUAUUCUCUCCCACUGCUGUUUUUAAUUUUUGAAAAUUACUGUCAGUUUCCCUGCAUAUAUUUGAUUGUGUUAUAUAGUUUGACCCUCAGAGAUCUCAUUAAAAGGCAAUCUUGUCAGUGAUUUGAAGUGCCACUGAAGAAGCUAAUGAACUGUGAUACUAAGUUAAGUAAGAGAUUACUUUUUAAGAUAGGUGUAACCUAAUCUUAUUUUUUCCCCUUCCUAGAAAUGUUAUGAACAAAAACAGUACAAAAAUGGACUCAAAUUCUGUAAGAUGAUCCUUUCCAAUCCAAAGUUUGCUGAGCAUGGAGGUAAGUGCAUUAUUAAUUUAAUUUAUUCGUUUUCUUAAAGCAGGGGUGUCCAACAGGUUGAUCGUGAUCUAGUGGUCAAUCCUCGGGUGGUUUUGGCUCCCUUUCCUUUCCGGUGGCGAAAGAGCAUCCAGCUUGCCCCAUCCUCCAUUCACGCAUGAUCACUAGAACGGAAGACGGAGUUUUCCCCUUUUUAUUAAAGUUCAACAUUUUUGUAUCCCCUCCCUAAAAGAAGCUCAACAACUUUGACCUGAACCUCCGCUCCCCCCCAGUUUUUUAUUCCAGUCUCCUUGGAGUUGGAUGUCCCUGUCUUAAAGGAUGCAAACUGUUUGUUUAUCCAGCAGAUAUUCAGAGUGUUUGUUUUACACCAUUUAAAUGAUAAAUUUUAAACUUUAAGUAUCUUGAAAUAAUUUAAAACAAGCCUUUUCUUCUGAGCAGUGGUAGAAACUAAGCCACAUAAGCUAAGUGCCAAAUGGCACCUUAAACCUAGGUUACAUUUGCCACAACAGACUGUCUAGUUGCCUUUUUUGGCAGUGACAUUUCUUAUUAUUCCUUUUCUAUACCAAUUUAUAUUUUAAAGAAAAAUCUCAAAGCGGUUUACAGCACAUUAAAACAUCAAAUAAAACAAUUCAGAAUAAAACGACAAGAAAUCUCCCAUGAUCGGACGACUGGCUGGCAGACAGCAGCAUCUUUUGAUGUGGGGGUGUGCAAUAGCAGAAAACGCUGCAGCCUGCUAGCCAGAUGGAGACGUCAGUCGCCAAACCUAGAGACGAGGCAUUGUCACUUGGGCGAAAUUGGAUCUGCACCAGUUGCAAAAUGUUCCUGGCACCUGUGGAAUUUCAGACAAUGCUUCUGAGCAGAACCUUAGAGAAUUCAGUCUUGGUCUGGUGUACGUGUACAAAAGAAUGAGGUGGUAAGGUGAAUUGUGCCAUUUCAAACUGCAGAUGGUAGAUUUUGCUCCUAUAUCUAUAAAUAAGUAGAAAACUAGCAGAAUUGGGAAUUAGCUGAACUACAGCCUUUUCUCUCACAUGCUAGAUGUUUCUUGCACAGCUUGUGUGUUUGUGUAUUUUAAUAUGGGGGCAUCCUCACCAGAAGUCUGAAAGCUCAUUACAAUACAAAACCUGUUCCCUUUUGUGGUAGUCUUUGUUUUGUUUUAUACUGGUACAAUCUGUAUUCUGAACUGUUAAACUUUCUCCUACCACUCUGUUCUGAAGGUGUAGAGAUCAGAACUCUCUGGUUUCUGGAAAUGAAUGCAUGUUCCAUGAUAGUUGUUGGUCAUAGGUUAUUAUUGAGUUAAGCUUGAAUAAUUUCACUUUGAUUUACUCUGAUUCAGAGCUGCUUUGUUUGGGGAGUGGGGCAGUGUUUUCUCCUUCCAUUCUGCAGAGCAAGAGCAGGAUGAUGUACACAUUCUUCUGUGUGCUCUAGACUUAGCUGCCCCACCCCACAAAAUAGUGAAUGAGAAGCUUUGUGGAUGUGUGGGAUGGUGAGAAUCCAUACCUGUGUUUGCAUCCAUGUAUUCCCAAGAGGCGCUUGGAUUAUUAUUAUUAUUAUUAGAUGUGGACGGUGAAACUUAUCACACGUGUGUUGCUUAAACUUGAUUCUUACAUUAUAAAAUAUUUCUUACAGAAACUUUGGCUAUGAAAGGACUGACCUUGAAUUGUUUAGGGAAGAAAGAAGAAGCAUAUGCAUUUGUUCGCAAAGGCCUUCGUAAUGAUGUAAAAAGUCAUGUGUGUAUCCUUUCAAAUAGUACACCAAUUUCAAUUUUUCCUAAUAGUUCUGAAAUCCUCUUUCUCUACCCCUCUCAAUUAUUAUCCAGUGAAUACUUUGUUAUGUAACAAAUUUGAGCAUUUUAUAUUUAAAUGUAUAGAUUAGGCCAUUAGAUAUUGUCUAACAUACCUGUGGCUAACCUGUGGCCAUCUAGAUAUUGUUGGGACUCCAACUCCCUGCCAACCAUCAGGGAUAAUGGGAAUUCUAGUUCCACAACAACUGGUGGGUCAUAGAUGAGCCACUCCUGGUCUAACAACUUAAUUUGGUAUGUAAUCUGUUAAAUUUAGGAAAUUCUAAAAUGCAGGGUAUUAGUCAUAACACUGGAUUCCUGGGUACUUACUGUAGGUCAGCACAAAACGUUUGAUGUUUACUAUGCCAUUCUGUUUCUGCAGGGAUGGGGGACCCUUUUAUUCUGGCAGGCCGGAUCCUGUGGACUCCUGCCCUAGACACCAGCCUUAUAGAUUAGGCUGAAAGAGCCACUGCCUGAGGUUACUCAGUGAGUUUCAUGGUGGAGUGGGAAUUUGAAUGCAGGUUUUUCCAGUGAUGCUUGUUUUUAGCAGGGGUGGAAAUCUCCAGCCUGUGGGCCUAGUUAGCCCUCUAAGCCUCAGAGGUUUGCUCCCCAGGCUGUUUUCUCUUUCCUGGGCCUGAUGUAACAAUAUAUGGCACUGGGCACAGGAAAGUCCAGGCCUCAAAUAAAGGAAGAAUUCUGAGCACCCGCAAAGCAUGCUUCUGAUUCUUCCUUUACAGAUGCUUCUUGAACUUUGAAUUACUUGACAUCCUGUAAUGUCAGGGGAUGGAAAGGUGGUUGAAGCCACCCACCUGCUCACAUGGUUUGCAGAGCCCGGGCCAGUUCUGGAUCUGCCCAUAGGGACUUCCCACCCCUGACCUACAGCCGACUUUUGAGGGUACAAAUCUGUCAAAGGAACUUGCAAACAACAUCAGUGCCUAUUAAAACACACCCAGAUUACUAAUCCAGGGAGAGGGGUCCUUCCCCCAGGGCCCAUGGCAGCCAGUGACUCUGUGGCAGAGAAAACCUUCCAGCUGGAGCAGGAGGGGCCAGUCUCCUGGCAUCUCCUCUGGCCUGCUUGGCCUUCUCCUGGCUUUCUGUUCACAGAGCAGUUGUCAAGAACUUCCUUCAUAUCAUGCUUCUGUCCUUCUGACAUGCAGCUGCUUCAUCUUCUCAGCUGCUUAGCCUCCUUGAAUUUGAGUCAUUCUGCAGAAAGGCAGGUAGCAAAAACAAUCAAAAUAAUUUUAAGUAAAAUAAUAUGUUUUGUCCAUACAUCACCUCAGCCUCAUGGUCUAAACAAGUAAUAGGCUAUUUUGUGAAAAUGAAGAAUACCUAAUAUCACAUGAUUUCCUCCUCCCUUGGCUUAUGGCACCAGAGUAUCCGAUGGCUUAGUCAUAUACAAACUUGGCAUGGGAGCAAAACCUUAUCUUUACCUUUGGCCUCCAGUUCAUCUGGGCCUUUGUCUAGCAAUGUCCAGAAGGGUUACAUCACCACUGUAGUAUGGGAGAUUUUUCAUGAGGAAUAAGCUCUCACUAGGAUUGGAAAAUACUUCAGUUUUCUAGGUGCCAGGAUGUCUUGAUUCCCAGACAACUGAGCACUUUGGACUUCUUUAACCCAAGGAACUUCUCCACAAUUUUCUGUUGAAGUGCUAUGGUAAUAUGGCAAUUUAACAUUUAACUGGCAGAUGCACAACUAUACCAUUAAUGCUGAAUGCCUGCGCAAAAACAUUGUUCACAUCAAAGUGCUAUUAAAUGCCACAUCAUAUUGCUAACUCCUGCGUUGUAUUUUGUAUUUGAAAUCGCUCCUAUGGCUAUAUAAAUCCUUCAUUAUAAUAUGUGUUUGCUCAUGCUCUUAAGUUGAGAUAAAUGAAUAACACUCAUUUAUGAAUCCUUUCAGGACUAUAAACAUUUGUCUUCAACUCCCCAUCCCCCCACCCCCAAAAACAGUGCAUUUCCUUAACUCUGUUAGGUUGGCAUGUUUAUGGACUCCUGCAGCGCUCUGAUAAAAAAUAUGAUGAAGCUAUUAAGUGCUAUCGAAAUGCUCUGAAAUUAGAUAAAGACAAUCUACAAAUUCUAAGAGAUCUCUCACUGUUGCAGAUCCAAAUGAGGGAUCUUGAAGGCUACAGAGUAAGUAAUUCCUCCGGUUUUUGUGUUGAGCUUAACCGAAAACUUGCAAAGUGCUCUCUGAAUAUUUACUGGAGUUGAGAGGAGCAUUUGAGUUUAAUUAGGUUGGGGAAAUGGACAUGCCAGUGUUAUCUGGGCACCAUCUUAUGGGUAUAUGAUUUAUUUGCCAUGUUCAAAACCACCAUUGUACAGAACAAUUGGGGGGGGGGGACUUUACAAAAUUGUAGCACACGGCAAAAUGGAAAACCGUUCUUGAUGUAGUACCUUCCAUUGCUACUUGCAACACUAUUCUUUAAUUCUGGAGGAGUGACAGUGACAAAUUGUAAAUUUACUUGCUAGUAAACAUAGUUAAGGUCAGAGGUUGGGCUUCACUUAUAAGUAUUUAAUAAGAAGUCCAGCUGAGCUUUUCUAGUUUUCUUUGCUGUUAAGUCUUCAUCCUUUUUUUCAUUAAACAGAAUCCUUUUGCACUGUUGGUUAAGAAUGGCAAAAUUAAUUAUUUGGUCGAUUAUAUUAUAUUCAUUAUCUCUUUAAAGGAGACCAGGUAUCAGCUGCUGCAGCUGCGGCCCACGCAGAGGGCUUCUUGGAUUGGAUAUGCAAUUGCAUAUCAUUUGCUAAAAGAUUAUGAUAUGGCCUUAAAAUUACUGGAAGAGUUUAGAAAAACUCAGCAGGUAAGAUCUUUUAAAAAUGUCAAUUAUUGUACACAGUUAAGAAUCUGAGUAAGUGUACUGUAGUCAGAAUGAUUACUUAUUUUCUGUUUUUCUAUCCAUUGUUCGAAAGAAUUACAACUUUGGGACAUAUGAAAUGUUUCCAUUUAUUGUACAGUCAGUAUCAAAUUCCUUAUAGCCUCAGUUAUGUUAGUGGAAUGAUAAGCUAAUCAAGUACCAGAGAUUGUGAUACAUUAUACACCUGAAAUUGAAAAAUAGGAUGCCACGGGCAACGCACACAGGUGGUUCAACAUACGCAAGUCUUUGUACUUUGUCCCUGGUGGAAUACCAGAAGAGUAUUGUGAGUUGUCUGUAAAGCUGUCAUUCUUGUUGGGUGGAUCAAAUUUGAUCUCUACAGGUCCCUCUAAUAAUUUUGUUGUCAAUUUGAAAUAAGACUUUUCUGUGAAGAAGCUAAAUUUAAAUGGAAACCAUUAAGCCACGAUAUCAUGAAGAAUUGACAAAUGGUGUUUGUCAAAUUCAGUUCAAAGCAUCUGUUUAUAAUUUAUGCUGGUGGGUGGAAUUAUUCACUUCCUGAAUCAUAUACAGUGGUACCUUGGUACUCGGAACAGCUUGGCUCCUGUACAAAUCGGCUCCCAAACGCUGCAAACCUGGAAGUGUUCCGGUUUCUGAAUGUUUUUCGGAAGCCAAACGUUCGACGUCGCUUCCAUGGCUUCCGACUGAGUGCAGGAAGCUCCUGCAGCCAAUUGGAAGACGCGCCUUGACUUUUGAACGGUUUCAGGAGUCAAACAAACUUCCGGAACGGAUUAUGUUCGAGAACUGAGGUGCCACUGUAAAUGCUUUUUUUUUUUUUAACCUCUGGAAUAAUAUGAACCUGGAACAUUGUGGCAUUUUUGGUACUUCAGUGAGGCAUAACGCUAUCAAAAUACUUUCUUUUGGGGUUUUAUAUACCUGGGUUCAAAAUACAGGUCCCCCCUUUAUAAUGCAUGGCAGCAGGAGACUUGUUUCUCCUCUUGCUGCAUCUCUUUUUAAAAUUGGAAAGCGUGUAUGCAUGAAGUAUGAAUAGUACAGUAUAGAUGUACUUUGAUACCAAAGUAAAAAAUGUAUCCUAAGAAAAGAAGCAAAUAUGAAUGUCAAUAGUUGAGAGGAUAAUUGAGGAGAUCAACUUAUUGCUUUGUCAUUUUUCAAGGCAAGAAUUCUUUUAAAUGACUGUUCAUUUCCAAGUUCUAAUUCAACUAUCCAGUGUCCCUUUAUUAACCAAAAAAGAACUUUUGUGAAGUUAGUCUUCUGGGGCAGAUUAAAUGUUAACUCUUCUGUUAUUUUCCAGAUCCCUCCUAAUAAAAUAGACUAUGAAUAUAGUGAAUUAAUAUUGUACCAGAAUCAAGUUAUGAGAGAGGCAGAUCUGUUUCAAGAAUCUCUGGAACACAUAGAAACUUACGAGAGGCAAAUAUGUGACAAGCUCAUGAUAGAUGAAAUAAAAGGUAAUACUUUUUUUCCUUUUCACAUGCUUAAAAUAUUCCUUCACGUGAAUCUUGGUCUGUGAGGUGGUUCAGUCUAGGGAGCUGUGGACCAUUAAACCUAGAGGAAGAUCACGUUUCCCCCUUGUCAUUAGGUGUUUUUGGGGGGACUCUGUGUGCGUAAUAUAAACAUCACACAGACAUGCUUGCACACACUGUGCAGACACAUGCCAGUCCAUAAACAUUUGUCUGAAAUGUUCAAACAGUUUAAAGGAAAGGCUACUCUAGAUUAAAAAGAUACCCUAUAGCGCCCAUCCCUGUCUGCUUCAUCAUGCCUAGGGCUCCCAUUCCAUCACCGCGAGGGCUUCCACAACAGGCUGUCACCAGAGAGUCAGCGUGGUGUAGUGGUUAAGAGCAGUCGACUCGUAAUCUGGUGAACCGGGUUCGAUUCCCUGCUCCUCCUCAUGCAGCUGCUGGGUGACCUUGGGCCAGUCACACUUCUCUGAAGUCUCUCAGCCCCACUCACCUCACAGAGUGUUUGUUGUGGGGGAGGAAGGGAAAGGAGAAUGUUAGCCGCUUUGAGACUCCUUCGGGUAGUGAUAAAGCGGGAUAUCAAAUCCAAACUCUUCUUCUUCACCAAACUGCCUGGUGAGCUUGAAAGGCAAGCUGAGCACCACCACCAUCCUUUUGUAUUUUUUUAAUUUAUCUAACAAAAUUUAUUUACCUCUUGAUGGCAAGAAAACCUCUUAAGCAGUUCUUGUUUUCAAGAAAAACAGGUGUCGGAACUUACCAUGAAAUCAUUACAGUAAGUCGCUGGGUGACUCAGGGCAGCGCUGAACAGACGCAACAAGACCUGUCUCAUUAUCCUAACCAGAAUGCUCAUUCCAUAUCACAUCAGCACUGCCCAUGCUGGGUAGAAACUGAUCUGGGAGAGUAUUAUGAUCAGGGGCAGAUGCGGGAUGUUGCUGACGCACAGUUUCUGAGCAGCUUCGGAGCAGCACUGAGAGCCAGUGUGGUGUAGCGGUUAAGAGCGGUAGACUCGUAAUCUGGUGAACCGGGUUCGCGUCUCCGCUCCUCCACAUGCAGCUGCUGGGUGACCUUGGGCCAGUCACACUUCUUUGAAGUCUCUCAGCCCUACUCACCCCACAGAGUGUUUGUUGUGGGGGAGGAAGGGAAAGGAGAAUGUUAGCCGCUUUGAGACUCCUUAAAGGGAGUGAAAGGCGGGAUAUCAAAUCCAAACUCUUCUUCUGCAGAGUAGUCGGUCAGUGUCAUCAUCACUGUGGCUAACUGGCUCUUUCAGGCUUCCAGAGUUGAAGACUUCACCUUCCACCUGUAGGCUGUUUCCCUUAACUAAAUCUGGUUUGUGAUUUUAUUACUACUUCAGGAGAAAUGUUGUUGAAGUUGGGAAGAUUGAAAGAAGCUUCUGAAGUCUAUAAAGAGCUUAUUGAUCGGAAUGCAGAAAAUUGGUGUUACUAUGAAGGCUUGGAGAAAGCUCUACAGCCACGUAAGUGUUGUAGUUAUAAACUUGGCUUGCACUUUUUUUAUUAAGCAAUUGGUGUCUUGUUAAGUUCAGAAAUCAGAAUCCUUGGAACCCUAGACUUUGGAAAGAAGAUGUGUAUUUGAAUUUCAUUGUCCAUCAUAAUUUCCAGUGUUUUAUCUACUUAUAAGCCUAUCUGUACUCAGAACCAUAAAUCAUUACCAGGGACUGCUUCAUAUGGAGGAGCUUAAAGAGUGAGCUAAAUGGCUAUGUUCCUUACUGAAGUGAUAAGCUUACAGCUUUUUAGCUACUUGUUUUUUUAAGCUACUUCAGUGUACAGAAACCCAUCACCCUGAGAUUAAGAGUCUCGUGCUGUACCAACUGAGUGGCAUCAGAAGUAUAGCUCAAAAUACUGUCCUUGGGAAAAUGCUGCCAGAGAAAUGAUGGUAUACAAAUGGAAGAACUACUUAUAAUUACUAAAUUUACUCUUAAAUGUGCUUCACUGCACUAUGCAUAACUAUUACAUUACAACAUUUAUAAUGAAAUUUCAAUGCUAUGCAUCCAUUUACUGCUAUUUACACUCAACGGCUUCAGUGGAGUUAAGCACAGUCAAAGGAUGGCAGCCUUUUAAAGAUUAUAUUUUAAUCUUUAUAACAAUGCUGCUUUUUUAAGGUGCUCAUAGAAUUGCUUCCUCCCCCAUGGUAAGUUCUGAAGCUCCAACAUGUGAUUUCAGAACUGAGGAUUUAUGUACUGCAGUUUGACUUUUGACAUUGUUGAAAUAUUUUGCAACAUGGUUGCACCACAAAAUUGUUUGGUUUCUUUAAAUGCAUCCGCACGCACGCACACACAUAGUAUAUUUCUAUCUUUCUUUCAUCAGCUGUUCUCUUUCAUCAUACUGAAAACUGCUUUUCAACCUGUUCUAUAUAAAAAAAUGCAGUUUGAGACGUUCACCAAGGGCUUCUGUUGAAGAGAACAAGAUAAAAUUCCUACUAGUGUAGUUUUCCAUAUUGCAUAUAGGCACACUUGUGAUUUAAACCAGAUGCUUAUAACAUACAAAGACUCAAACUGUACAUUUAUUAUCUACCAAUAGGCUCUUUAGAUGAGAGACUAGAAAUGUAUGAAGAAAUCAGCAAGCAACAUCCAAGAGCGGUUUCCCCUAGAAGAUUACCUUUAAACUUUGUUACAGGUAACAUUGCAUAUUUCUUUAGUACCUUUAGAACCAAACCGUUGGCCCCACAUACCAGCAGCAUGCAAAGUCAAAACAUUGUGGAGCUCAGCGCUGCAGCAGAAUGACUGUGAAAGAGCAGAGCAACUGCGAUUCCCGCCCCCCCCCCGGGAGCUUGGCUUAGGGUGACAGGCCAAUAACUGCCAAUACAAAAGGCAAAGGGGAUUUUUUUGUGUGGAAGGCAAAAUUGUGUGCUUAGCACAAGUACAGUGGUACCUCGGGUUAAGAACUUAAUUCGUUCUGGAGGUCUGUUCUUAACCUGAAACUGUUCUUAACCUGAAGCACCACUUUAGCUAAUGGGGCCUCCUGCUGCCGCUGCGCCACCUGAGGUACUAUUAACCCGAGGUACUAUUUCUGGGUUAGCGGAGUCUGUAACCUGAAGCAUCUGUAAUCCGAGGUACCACUGUACUAGAGCAAGACAGGAAUCCCCUCUUUUCAUUGCAACCUGCUGUGUCCCCCCAAAACAUUGCUGCUGUGGGUUGAAAGAUACAGAACAGAAUGGGAUUCAGCACAGAAGGCUGCCACCACAUCGUAAAGGAUUGGUGAAAGUGCUUGAGCUAGUGGAAGCAUGUCCACUAGCACAAAGCCACCAUUUGGCCCUGUCAGAUGGUUCUGUCAAACGCUGGUCACAAAACAGCUGACUUACUUUCUUUCUAAUGUACACACAUUCAGAUGCUUCCUGUAUUAGCAUAGCACACUCAUCCUUUAUUGCUGUUACAAACAGCAGUAACGGCCACUAAUUGUAAGGGUUCAGAUAUCUUCCUUAAGUCAUUUUUUAACGACUCCGUCGUUAAAACGUCAUUCUGCACUCACUGAACUCCUUGGAUAUGUCAUAGGUUCAGUUAAAGAAUGUGCUAUGUGUGUUUUUUUAAAACAACAACAACAGCAACCCAGUAUCCUGGCAGGCUGAAAAGGCUGAAUUUGUGUAUAAAUUAUGCAAAUUAGAAAAAUUAUUCAAAACACUCAAAUUUGCUCAAAAAAAGACCAGGUACAAGUAUUUCUGUCGAAGCAGAAAAACUUUUUAAUUUCAAAUUACAAGUAGAUCACUGUUCUUACCAGCAUCUUUCAGGUUUUAAUAUAAAAUUUAUAAAAACUAUAACAUGAGCCGAAAUCAGUAGUGCAACACUAAGUAAUAAGAAUAUAACCCAAUGCAAUUUUGUUUCUAGGUGAAAAAUUUAGAGAACUAAUGGAUAAAUUCCUGCGGGUUAACUUCAGUAAAGGCUGCCCACCCUUGUUUACCACUUUGAAAUCUUUGUAUUACAGUAAAGAAAAGGUAAAACUCCAAUUUAUUCAGUUUUCAUACAGCUUUGUGUGUCGUAAGGAUAAUUUACCAGUUACAGUCACUUUUCCUUUCCAUUUCUCAUGCCAUGGUAAACUGUAGUAAAUGGUUAAGAUUAUUAAUAAGAAGAGUAUUUCACUCCUUCCCACUCUCGCUGGGUGGGAGGAAACAAGCUGUGACCCUUGACUUAUGCCUGAAGCAGGGAUCAUGGGUUGUUUCACUCCCAACAAAUCAUGGUCUGUGGCCAAGUUUGUACUUGGCUUAUUGAUCAUGGUUUGUUGGAACAAAGCAAAGUUUCCUGGUAAGAGGAAGCCAGGGAUCUAAGCAAGGGAGAACUGAGUCUAUGUAAAUCUGUGUUUAAAUUUCAUUCAUCUGCCAUAACCACCUGAAAAUUUGAUUUCGCAUAAAACUUGCUAUAGUCUUGUUUAUCUACCCUGCUACAAUUUUCUAUUUUACUUGCUUACUUGGAAGUAUAUUCUAUUGACACCAAAAGGUGCCUACUUGUGAAAUGUGCAUAGAAUUGCAGCCUAGAGAUCUAGAUGCAGCUUCUGUUGCUCACACAUUGUUGACAUGCCGUUAUGAUUUUCUAAACUUUAAGACUUUAUAUAUUUCCAAUCCAUGUCCUCAUAGCGAAGGAAUAGUACAAAAGACAAUAAAAUGAUUCUGAAAUCUUCAUUUUCAGUAGAAAAAAUGAUAUAAAAACUGAAAGAAAAUAUUGUCUAAUGCAUUUAAUAACUCUUUGUGGAAUUAUGUCUUUUAACAUAAACUAUAACAUAAUCUUUAAUGUUAACUUAAAUAUGUGGGUAGUGUCAUGUAAUAACAGUUUAAAGGUUAUUUUAAAAACAUUUUCACAAUUUCAGUAGCCGUAUAUAUAAAAAAACUUCAGCGGGGUGGGGGUGGGUGUAUAAAAAUACAACUUAAAGGUAAAUACUCCUGUUAUUCUUACCGUAACAUUAACAUUAGUUAAUAUCACUCUUCAUCUUCAGGUGAAAUGGCUGGCUGUUAAAUAGUCAGGGAAGCCAUGACUUCCUGACUCUUUUGGAAGAUGGGACUCAGAAAGCCACCUGUUGUGUGGUGUGUACACAUUGUUAUGAAUGGGAAUUCCUAUAGUGGGAUAUUUAUGCCAAAAUAAGGAGCCGUCGUUGAUUUAUUGUACUGUCUUUAGGAAGCUAUCCUGUAUUCUGAGUGGAUGAUUUAUCUAUAUAGACAGCAGUUGAUCAGGACCUUGGAAGAAGUGAGCUGGAUGGCUUUUAAAUUGAAGAUGGGUUUGGAAAGUUGAAGUUGAUGGAUAUUUUGUGGGGUUUGGCCUUGUCAUCUUGACACAAUAAGAUAUAAAAAUAGAGGAUCAAAUAUCUUUAAUACGGUCAAUGACCAGGAAGCAGUUUAUAAAAUAUGACAUUAAGAGUAGUAUUGUGCUACAAGUAACAGUAAAAAUAUGGCCAAUUCACAGAAUUGGUGCUUAUAUUUAUGACCAGGUUUCGAGUUUUAAGUUUUUAAAAUUCAAUUCAGGAGUCGCUACUGUUUAUUAUCGUUCCUUCGAUGUUUACAGUUUGAACUCCUUUGUAGACAUCAUUGCUCGUCUUAUUCUUGUUGCAAUGUAACAGUACUUUGCCACGGACCUGUUAAUUUCGGGCUCUUUGUCAGCUAAGAUAUAAAAAUAGAGGAUCAAAAAAAUAAAAAAAAAUAGAGGAUCAAAUAGAGGAUUAAUGUUUGUUUUGUGAAAAGCGUUUUCAAAGAAUUUUAGGUGGCGAUUUUGUUCCUAGAUAGAUGCAAAACCUUAGCUGUAAGAGCAGAGGCUCUUUUUUCAUUUUAUAAUUUACACAUAGAGCAGUGUCUAGUGCGCAGACAGACAUAAUUUACACAGCAGGAUUUCCCCUUUUCUUGCUCAUACAUACACAGAAAUCUGCCCUGCAAGAUCUCCCAACCCUCAGGCAUAGCUUUUUGGAGCAGUAGAGAGCAUACGGCAACACCACAUACCUGACCUCCCUCCAGAUAAGUUACUGCUGCACACCUGGAGGAGGGGCAAGGCCAGUGUAGUGGCAGAGGCACUCAGGGGCUGGUGAUGCAUUAACCAUGUGCUGACCUGACUGCCAUGUCUCCCCUCUCCAUCUCAGGAUGUGGCAGCAGGUUGGCCAGAGGGCGGUCAGGUAAGCGGUGCAGCCCCACAGCGCCAUCCACUUUGGUUUGGAGGGAGGAGGAAAAUUCCCAUACUGCAAGUCUUUUCGGCUUGUGAAUGGCGGUCACCUGUAGAAAAUGGAACAGGUUGUGUUCCCUGGAGUAUGUUUAUAACAUAAAAUAAUAAUAAUAUAAUAAUAUCUUUCUUGUCACUGCCCCCUUCGGGGACAACGAAAUUACUUGACUGCUCCAUAAAAACACUAAUUAAUCAAUACAGUAUAAUACAGCAAGGGAGAUUAGAUGACUUUCAAAGUCCGGGCUUCCCAUUCAGGGCCGAGAUCGCUCUGGAGAAGAAGCUGUUCUUAAGACGGCUCGUUCUUGUCUUCAUCGUCCUGUAUCUCCGUCCCGACGGCAAGAGCUCGAAGAGACAGUGACCAGGAUGCGAUGGAUCUUUACUAUGUCCAGUGCCUUCCUAUGGCACCUUGUGGCAUAAAUCUGCUCUAAGGUGGAGAGUGGGCAGCCAACAAUGCUCUCUGCUGCCUUAACAACCCUGCACAACCCCAUCCUGUCCUGGGUAGUACAGCUUCCGUACCACACACAUAAGCCAUAAGUGAGCACGCUCUCAAUGGCACAGUGAUAGAAGGCAAGCAGCAGUUUCUGCGGAAGAUGGUUUUUCCUUAGUAUUCUCAAAAGUACAGUCUCUGCUGCGCCUUCUUCACAAGCCCCUUGUGUUGACACUCCAGGACAGAUCCUCUUGUAAUUCAGUGCCCAAAAAUCUGAACGUUGUUACCCUCUCCACACAGACCCCAUCAAUCAAAAGUGGCUGGACGUUGCUCUUCUGUCUCCUGAAGUCCACCACAAGCUCCUUUGUCUUCCUUGUAUUUAUGAGCAAGUUGUUAGCUCUGCACCACUCUGUCAGCCGCUCCACCUCAUCUCUAUAAUCCGUUUCACCCUCCCUUUCAGGGAUGAGCCCAAUCACGGUUGUGUAGUUGUUUGUGCUGCAGAUGGGUGCUAUUCUAUCUGCCCUGCUCAUGGAUCGCCCCAUUGUCUUUCAACAACUUUGUAAGUUGUGCCACUGGAGAUGUCUGCAUCUCCAGGUUGGGUUACUGCAAUCACCCUAGGGCAGCAGCAUCUGAAGGACUGCUUGCUCGUCUUAUGAGUCUGCCCCUUCCUUGGCCCUUGCAUCAGUUAGAAAGCCGCAUCUUGGAGGAGGAGGGCUGUGCAUAGCAUUGAUUUCCUGCUCAUUGUAUCAGUCGCAAAAAAGCUUCACAAACGCUCUUCAGAAUUCUAGCAGUCAAUCCUUCAGAGUGAAAUACGAAGGGAGGACUGUAAAAUAAGUCAACAUCAAGGUCUGCGUCAAAUGUGUUGCAGGUGUGUUGAUUCCAUUGAAGCUCAACAUCAUGUGUCCUCUUUGAGUAACUUAAAACACGGAGAGGCUGUGAGGAAAUAAUGCAUGAGGGAAUGACUGGCUGGAAGAAACAGCAGAAGUCUCAGAAAGUGUACUCAGGAAGGUAGGCUGACUCCCCCUGAAGACUUUUCUUUUGCCCUCGUAGGAAGGCUGGCUUUGUGCCUGAUAGGAAAUAAUGGGGGCCUGAGGAAAGCUGUGGUAGCUGCAGAAGAAAGAGAGUCUCUUCCACAGCCAGAACAGAGGGAGAAAAUCAUUCUGUCUGACUGGAUGAAACGUUUGCACAGGCAGAACGUUUAGCAUAGUGAGAUUUCACCCUGUAUUCCACCUCUGCUUCCAGACUUCAGGAGGAGAGUAUCAUUGUUUUUAUAGCAAAAACAGCACCACACAAAUGGGAGGAAUCAGCAGAAAGAAAGAAAGAAAGAAAGAAAGAAAGAAAGAAAGAAAGAAAGAAAAUGAAAUUUCCACGAGUGUGUUCAGAUAGACUGGGCAGGACAGAGAGUUACUGUGGAAGUAAGGGGGCUGGUCUGCAAAGUUGCUCACUUUGCAGCCAGCACAAGCCGCAUUUGGGUUGUGAAGGCCAAACAACUGUUGGCUGUGGGGUGGGCGAGGCAGCAGCAGAAAAAUAGGACAGAGGGUACGAAAUGGGGAAGAGGUGAGUGAAGAAAGCAGCAAUGGAGAAAAUGAAGACGGAGGAAGAAGGAAAGAAAAUUGCAAAGAGGAAGAAGGGACAGCGAGAAAACCGGAACUGAAGUGAAUAUAGUGAGACUUGCAGAAAGGGAAACUAGAACUUGAGAAGAGUAUGGGGUUGUUUGGGACAUACCAGGGAUCUGUAACGUUUCAAUUUUCCUUUCCUGUUUGGCAGCUGUGUAUACCCUAAACCAGCAUUUCCCAACCUUGGGCCUCCAGCUGUUUUUGGACUACAACUCCCAUAAUCCUCAGCUAGCAAGACCAGUGGUCAGGGAUGAUGGGAAUUGUAGUUUGAAAACAGCUGGAGGCCCAAGGUUGGGAAACACUGCCCUAAACAGCUAGGAGGAGCUCCUCAGUGUUCCUCCUUGCCAGGCCUAGCUUGGGAAUCCAUCCCUCUAACCUCUAUGGCAAACCUCACGGAUUGAGAAAAAGCUACUGGGGGCCAGGAGGAGCCAAAGUUCAUUUUUGCCACCUUACUGUGUCCACCCAUGCAACUUGGGUGGCUCCUUUUCUUAACAUCUGCUUAAUUUUGCUUGGUACCUCUCCCCCUUGCCUUCCUUUGAAUCCUCACUCCCUUCCGGUCCUGCCAGCUCAGACUAUCAGCCCUAGAGUCACAAGAUGGGCCUUUCCCCUGUGGUUACAAUAUUCCCACGUGCUUCCCUGCAGCAGAGGAUUAUAUCAUGCUAGGUGCACUUGUGAACGGGGCUUUACUUGAGUCACAGCUCCUGUGCAAGUGAUAUGAAAUUAAUGGAGUCCCGCAAGAGCUUGUUUACAUAAUCAAGGAAUCAGAGGUGACUGUUAUGGAAUAAGUUGUCAUCCACAAACAAAAAUUCAAGUUGUUUCCAGCGCAUCUUCUUGAUCUUGAGCUGUUCACUGUGUCACUGUAUUUUUCAGGGGGUCUGUCUCAUUUGUCAAAGAUAACAAGGGACAUACCUCGAAAAGAUAAACCUACGAUCUCUGAUUCUGUUAACAAUGAUUGAUUCAGUCUUCCGUUGUCCAUCUCCAUUUCACCCCUUGAGCACUAGAGCGCAUAGGCUGUUGAAGCAGAAAAGGGGAUCAUGUUCUAAAAAGCAAAGCAAAAACAAACUUAUCAGUGCUCUUUUGAGUGUUUCAUUGAGUGUACCCUUAGCAAGGAUGCACAAUCCUCAGUGAAAUGAGUUAUGGUAUUUUUCUCCUGUGUGUGUGUGUGUGUGUGUGUGAGAGAGAGAGAGAGAGAGAGAGAGAGAGAAUGAGAAUGAGGAGGCAUAUUGUGUAGGGACCUAUGGAGAAAGGGCUUGGCUACUUAUUUAUAUCAAAUCAGAAUGCAAAAUGAGCCACGUUCCCCCCUUGCUUCAUGGCAGGUGGGCACUUUACCACAUCGCACACCAGCAGAAUUAAAUGCAUGCGUUUGGAUAGAGUGUGAGGUUUUCCCUAGCACAGCAGGGAAGACCUUUUAGUUUGAUUCAGUAGGGCUGUGCUAUGCUAUCCCAUGUCCUUGUGACCAACCUCUCUCUGUUUCUGUGGAGGCUUCUCUUUCAUUCAUGCGUCUUGCAGAUACCAGGGUGGUGCACUUGUCCACGAGAUUUCUUGUGUGGAGGUUCACUUACACCAAACUGCGCUUGCUGAAUCCAAACCAGUAUCUGAAAUGCGGAUACUUUGAAAUGAGCAGACCCUCACCCCGUCAGGUGAAUUUCUGAGAUGGUGUAAGGCAGACUUUCAACACAGCAGUUGGAAUGGUUAUGGGCAUUCUGUGAUGAUUAGCUUCAUCACUGAAAAUGAACACUCACAUUAUCCAAUAUACUAAUCGUGUGCUGAUCCUUAUGUUGCCAGAAUGGCGUUGUCCACACUCCAGGGGGUGGUGUCAGCAGGUUCAGGGGAGACCCAAUGUUUGUAGAAAUCUGAAAAUAAAACUUUAAUAAAAAAAGUAACCCUAAGGAGUGGGUGACCGAAAACAUUCCAGUGGGGAGUGAGCACUCUUUUAAGUGUCUGUUUCCAGGUGAGGGGAGAGAACAGAAAACUGGGAGGGGGAAAUGAAGUGUUCUGGAAGAGGGCUGGCUUGCUGGUUAUUAGGGACCCCAAAUAGAAGCAUUCCACUCUUCAACACUUGGUUGCUCAUCCCGCUUGAUCUGUAUAAACUCAAACACAAAAUGGGCCAUUAAGCUAUGGAUUUCUCACAGGUCUCUGGUUAGCAAUUGGGGUAAGCAUAAUGCUGGGCUAGAUGGAGGCUGCUUUAGUAUAUAACACUAAGCCAUGGUUGCUUUAACCAUGUGUUGUUCAAUAAGCCACAAGUCAUCUCACAGACAAAUCAUAUCUUGUUUCUCUGAAGCUUGGUUUGUUUUUAUAUCUCUGUUGCUUUGGAAGAGUCUGGGGCAGACAAACUAUGGUUAAGCAGAGAUGCUGGGCUCUGACGGAACACCAAGCCAUGGUUAAAAUAAUCCAUCAACAAUCGCAGUCCCUUCCAGCUCUACCGUUCUAUGAUUCUAUGUAUCCGUGGCUUCACAUUGUAGCUUGUUGCCAGAAAACAAACAGUGGUUAAUCUUCUGAAUUAGAAUGGCUAAACAGACCAUGGAUUUAUUUGUUAUUUGUGAACCAGGCCAGCCCGCUGAUGGGAUCCAGCAGUUUAUUCUUAUGUAGCUUCACCCAUGUUCUCACAGAAACCCCAUCUCUUUCGUGCUCUGAUAGCAAAAGUAGAAACUGAUUGGGUUGAACUAGUCUGCAAAAGUAGUUAACAGUUUUAAAAACAAUGGGGGGAAAAUAGGCAGCCAUUUAACCUUUAUUGUAAAGAGAAAGGAAAGGGAUCCUCACCGCUUUGGAUAUAACGGGUGAUAUCCAGUGUUGGUUAUACUCUGAGUAGACCAUUAGAUCAAUGGUUUGAUGCCACUAGCUUUUACAUGUUCCGAUUUUGCUCUGGGAAUAAACUACGUGCGGAUUAUUUGUUUUGCAAAACAUAAUGUAUUAUACAGAUUCUAGUAUUGUUUUAAGUUAGUUAGAAGUAUUAGCACUAUUCAUUUGGCAUGAUUAGCUGUAUCUGGAUAAUAUAUCAAAUUGAAUGCAAUGUGAUUUAAAGAAAAAAUCAAGUUAAAAUAAACUUGGCAACUAUAUUUUUAUAGGUUUCUACGAUCCAAGAGCUUGUUACUGGUUACGAAGCUUCUUUGAAAACCUGUGACUUGUUCAGUCCAUAUGGUAGGUUUCAUUAUUCACGAACUGUAGCUAAAAUGCAGCUUUUAAUCCUUAUUUUAGCUCUGUUGGUAGACCUCCAAACAGACAUAAUAAUAAGUAAGCAUUUUAAUUUCUUGCCAAAUUUUCUGACACGUAUGUAUCAUUGCAGAAAAUGGCGAUCAAGAGCCACCGACAACUCUGCUUUGGGUUCGCUAUUUCCUUGCACAGCACUUUGACAAACUGGGUCAGUUUUCCGUGGCCUUGGAUUACAUUAAUUCUGCCGUUGCAAGUACGCCAACACUAAUAGAGUUGUUCUGUCUGAAAGCAAAAAUUUAUAAGGUAAUAUUGUCAUAAAUGUCUCAGAAAUGGAAUAUGUAAUCAAUGUAUAUCCUUUUCAUAGGAGCUGAUAGACAUUUUAUGUUGAGAUAAGAACAGAACCACUCUUACCAGAUCAAAGGAAAACAAUGCACAAUGUUUUCAAUGAAGCAGCUAAAGUAAUGUUAAGUGCAAAACCAAAACAUCUAGAAAUCACAAGCAUAUCAUUAAAAACGCCGAAAGAGUUUUUGCAUGGGCAAAACCCAGCUUUCAGUCUGCUUUUGUAGGAGAACGACCUUCCUAGCCACUCAUAAUCAGAACCAAGGUGCUCCAAGAACCCUAAUAGCUAGUCCUAUCUUAAACUCUCAGGUACCCAUGUAAGCCCAAAAGAAAGCUACUACUUCUCCCUUUCUGGAACAGGUAAAUUUUAGCAUUUCAAUUUCAAUCUCUCCCUCCCUCCCUCUCUCACUCUUCUGGCUUCCUCUUGAGGCCUAGUCCCACAGCAUCGGCAUUUUGAACUUGCCCAUUCCGAGCCUCCAUUAUGCCCUGCUGAAUCCCAAGCACCCUUCCCUCUCCUUAUGCAGCAAUGGCAGUUCUUUCCACCUCUGUUUCCCUUUCCUUCUCCAUCUGCCUGCGGACUGUCUCGCCAGAGUGGUGCAUGCUCUGGUUAUCUCCCGCUUGGACUACUGCAAUGCACUCUACGUGGGGCUACCUUUGAAGGUGACUCGGAAACUACAACUAAUCCAGAAUGCGGCAGCUAGACUGAUGACUGGGGCGGCCGCCGAGACCAUAUAACACCGGUCUUGAAAGACCUACAUUGGCUCCCAGUACGUUUCCGAGCACAAUUCAAAGUGUUGGUGCUGACCUUUAAAGCCCUAAACGGCCUCGGUCCAGUAUACCUGAAGGAGCGUCUCCACCCCCAUCGUUAUGCCCAGACACUGAGGUCCAGCGCCGAGGGCCUUCUGGCGGUUCCCUCAUUGCGAGAAGCAAAGCUACAGGGAACCAGGCAGAGGGCCUUCUCGGUAGUGGCGCCCGCCCUGUGGAACACCCUUCCAGCAGAUGUCAAAGCGAUAAACAACUACCUGACAUUCAGAAGACAUCUUAAGGCAGCCCUGUUCAGGGAAGUUUUUAACGUGUGAUAUUUUACUGUAUUUUUGGUUUCUAUGGAAGCCGCCCAGAGUGGCUGGGGAGGCCCAGCCAGAUGGGCGGGGUAUAAAUAAUAAAUUAUUAUUAUUAUUAUUAUUAUUAUUAUUAUUAUUAUUAUUAUCUCCAUAGAAUCAGCUAAAUUUUACCCAGGGUAAAACUUGAAAUUAAUGAACACGAUUUCACCAAGUUUACUCUUAGCUGAAUAUCACUCAGUGAAUUUCUGUGUGGCCUGUACAUGUAUCCACUUGUCCCUGUAUUUCUUAUCAAUCAAAGUGGCUUUUUCCACCUCUCGCUGUGUUCCAAUGCUGUCUACCUGCACCCCACCCACAAAUUAUUGGUAUACUAGACUCCAGAUCUUGGAUAGCAUGCUGCGGUUGGAUCUAUAUGUACAUGUGCAUGACCAAGGCCUUAGUGUUUGCUCCUUUGUCCAUGGCCUCUUGCAGCAGUCAGAAAAGGGACAAACAAAAGUAAUUCAUAAUAAAUUGUUCAUACGAAAUGUUUGUGAUCAUCGUCUUUUUGUGGAAGCAAAUAGUGGGCUUGGACUAUGGAAAUGGUUUUUGUUUUCAAUGUAAAAUGUGAGCAGCUCUCACUCAAACUUAGUAAAGGUUCUGUGCUUCUUCCAUACUCAGAUAUUUAAUGCUAACAUAAUUUUGCCAGACCUGUGAAGCUUGACAUAGGCACUGAAGUCUGAACAUGAUCCUUUGUUGUUAACUUCUUUUUUUAGUUUUCAUCGGAUCAAUAUCUUCAGAGCUACGUUUCACACAGCGAAGCAUAAUAAGAUUGGCUGAGAUUUGUGCAUGCAAAAUGUUUCGGAAAGGGGAGAUGCACGUGCGCGUUACAGUUCUCAGAGCUUACACAAUAUGCCUGUUACUGACAUUGAAAAUUAAGUAUAAAACUCUUCCCUUUCCCUCAAUAGCAUGUAGGCAACCUAAAGGAGGCUGCCAAAUGGAUGGAUGAGGCGCAGUCGUUGGAUACAGCCGAUAGAUUCAUCAACUCCAAAUGUGCAAAGUAUAUGCUGAGAGCAAAUAUGGUGAAGGAUGCAGAAGAGAUGUGUUCCAAGUUCACACGGGUAGGAGAUAUAUUUUAAAUAGAGGUUGGUUGCGUAUUUGUUUUGAAAAUUUCCUCUGUCAGUUUCAGAUUUUUUAAAUUUUAUUAUUAUUAUAAGUCAUUGGUAGCAGAACUGUAUGAUGCAGGAAAAAUUCACCUAACUUCUAAUUGAGCCAAGAUAAUAGUACUGAUGAAUUUCCAGGAACAGAAUAGUUCUAUUUUCCCCCUGUAAUCUUUAAAUAUAUUUUAGCUAUUUCACUGCAGUAUGAAACAGCUUCAUCAUGAGUAACCCUGCCACAGUAAAUGAAUUACUCAUGAGGAGGCUGGAAGUUUUAGUGGGAGCAAAUUCCAUGUCCAUAGACUAGCCAACUAAAAGUCAACAUUUUUCAUUAAGAUGCAUAGGCUAACUUGGUGGUGAAAGAAAUACAGGCAUCGUUACUACUGAAGACUACGUUUAAAUUUCGUAAAUUAUUAAAUAGACUGCAGGCUACAAUCCUGUACCCAUUUACCUUGGAGUAAGCCCAGUUUAACUCAGUGGGACUGGCUAUUGGAACUGUAUGUGCAAGAUUGCAUUGUAAAAAUCUUUGAAAUGUCUUCCCAUUCAGGCAGUUCUUCACAUUGCCAAAUUUUCCAUUGGCAUUUGACCUUUUGUAAGGUCUCCGUUCAUUUUGACUGGGAAGCCCAGCCAGAUGGGCGGGGAAUGAAUGAAUGAAAAACUUAUAAUAUAAUAUAAUAUAAUAUAAUAUAAUAUACAGUCACAUUGCCAGUACGGUGUUGAGUGGUUGCUUUGAUGACCACAGAGGGAAAGGAGUUGUUCAGAUUUGCUUUUCUUGGACCUCAGUCCUUUACCCUCUUACCUAGGAGUAAGCCUCAUGGACAUGAAUAGGACUUACUUUUGAGUAGCUAUGUAUAGGAUUACCCUCUUAGUGUUGCACCUCGUGUCUUCACUAUUAACAUUCCCUGCCUUCUUGAGCUGUCAGUCAUUAAUUAAACAAGACCACAUUUAUAGCUUUUUGCACACAGUGUUUGCUACUACAUGAGAAAUAUUGUCUGGUCUUCUUAAGAACACCUCCCUUAUCUCUGCCACUCUUACAGUGAAAGUGCCCACAUUCUCGUUUCUGUAUGAAUGAAAUAUUGCCCUUCUCACAGACUUUCCCCUUAGCUGAAUAGAAAAAGUAUGCAUUAGGUCAGGGGUCUGCAACCUUUAAGACAAAAAGAGCCACUUGGACCCGUUUCCGAAGAAAAAAAAACUGGGAGCCGCAAAACCAUUGCGACAUUUAAAGCAAAUAUAUCUCCGGAGCCGUGAUCUGACAGCGGGCGGGAAGGUGGCGUCGGGAUGGUGCGUGACUAACGCACGCACCGCCCCCAUGCGACGUCACAGCCAGUACAGCGCCCGCCACAGUGGGGAGUGUCGGGGCGCACAGUGCGCCUCCUCCCCUCGCUAGUAUCCGCCCUGGAGCCGCGGCAGAGGUGUAAAAGAGCCACAUGCGGCUCUGGAGCCACGGGUUGCUGACCCCUGCAUUAGGUAAAGCCUUUGGAAAAGGGAAAAGAAUAGGAUACUUUAUAAGACUGGGGGUUGCCAAUAUGAUGCCCUCCAGGUUUUGUUGGAGAACAACUCCUGUCACCCGCUGCCUGACCAUGGAUUGUGGUGGUCAGGGCUAUGGCAGUGGCUUGGUUCUGCAACAUCUGAAAGCGCUACAUUUGCUAUCCCUGCACUCAGUAAUUGAAAAAUCCAGAAAUCAAUAAUUAUCUUCUUUUUAAAAGACAUCUGAAGGCAGCCCUGUUUAGGGAAGUUUUUAAUAUUUAAUGCUGUAUUGUUUUUAACACUUGAUUGGAAGCCGCCCAGAGUGGCUGGGGAAACUCAGCCAGAUGGGCGGGGUAUAAAUAAUAAAUUAUUAUUAAUUAUUAUUAUUAUCCAAAGAAUCAUAUCAGUUAUUUAUUGUUAAAGCAUUCUUAUAGGAUAUCAUAGGGGGGGGUGUGUGUGUGUGUGUGUGUGUGUGUGUGUGUGUGUGGAUGGAUAGACAGAUAGAUAGAUCUCACACAUAUACAUAUAAAUUUAAACGACUGGUGAUCCCACACAAUACUUUUUUAUUUAUUUCAGGAAGGAACUUCUGCCAUGGAGAAUCUCAAUGAAAUGCAGUGCAUGUGGUUCCAAACAGAAUGCGCUUUAGCUUUUCAGAGACUAGGGAAAUAUGGAGAUGCCUUGAAAAAGUGUCAUGAAGUGGAGAGGGUAAGUAGGUAAACAGAUUGCUUUUUCCUGACUACCGCUUCUCAUAAGCAACAUGAGCUUUGUUAACUUGUCAUCUGCUUUAAAGUUGCCGAAAAACUUAUUUCGAAAAAGCUGUAAGCACACCUAGGAAGCUGCCUUAUUUGUCCAUCUAGUAAACUGCAUCAUAAAAAAUAGUAUCCUCUUUUAUUUUUUUAAAGCACUUUUUUGAGAUAACAGAUGAUCAAUUUGACUUCCACACCUACUGCAUGAGAAAGAUGACACUCCGUGCCUAUGUGGACCUCUUGAGGCUGGAAGACAUUCUCAGGCAACAUGCCUUCUACUUCAAGGCGGCUCGCUCAGCAAUUGAAAUCUACCUGAAGCUAUAUGAUAACCCGCUAGCCAAUGAAAGCAAAGAACAAGAAGUAAAUUCAGGUAUUGAAGCAAUAAUUUAGAUAGUGUGAGUAUAAAAAGCUUUGUACAGAAGUGUUCACUGCUGAAAAUGUAAAGCAGCGGUGGUGGUAUAUGUAAAGGAAACUUAUUUUAUACAGGGCUGGGGAAAAUCAUCUGCUGAAAUGGUUGUAAAAAUGGCUUAAUAAUCAGUGCAGUAUUAAGAAUUUAAAACAGGGAUUGCCAGCCUUUUUGUGCCCACAUACACAUUUGAAAACUGGGAAAUCUGAUUGCCAUGCAUAUACCACAACCGUUGAACACACCUAAAUCUGUUCUGUUGGCUGCUGCAGGCACCAAGUUGAUGGACCCUGAUCCAGCACAGAAUUUAGAUGGUUGAAAAUCUUCAUUUUAGGGUUGUUGUUUUUUUGAAAUGGUUUUUAUUUGAUUUUACAAAUAUAAAUUUAUAACAAAACCAAAUACAUAUCCAUACAGAGAGAUUUCUCUGAAUCUCAAUAUUUCCCCCCAUCCCCUCCGUGGGGCCUAUUGUCAACGUUUUCAACUGCAUAUUACCGUAUUUUUCGCUCCAUUGGACGCAGUUUUUCCCCUACAAAAAUUGAGGGGAAAUGUGUGUGCGUCCUAUGGAACGAAUGCAGGCUUGUGCCAUAGCCGCGCGCAACUCCUCCGGCAGGGAGAGGCUGCACAGGGCUAUGGUUUCUUUAGCUCCACGCAGCCUCUGACGGCAGGGAGAGAUUGCGCGGGGCUAAAGAGGAAGCCAAAGCAGCCAGCGGGAUCCAUCCCCGCUCGCUGCCUUGGCUUGUUCCAUAGCCGCGCGCAACCCCUCUGGCAGGGAGAGGCUGCAUGGGGCUAUGGCUUCUUUAGCUCCACGCAGCCUCUCCCAGCAGGAGAGUUGUGCAGUUGAAGGAAAGGUAAUGGUAGAACUUUUAGCCGUUAACUGAAAUGUUCUACAACAAAACGCUUUCCUCUGGUGUUCACAGAACCACGUGUCAUUUAGAUCACUGCAGAAAGGAAAAUCUGUUGUUGCUUCAAGCAGCAAAAGCAUUCACGUAUGAUGCUUCUGUUUACUUCCCUGUCAGAAAAUAUAGUUUUCUUAACUCACUGAUGCUUCUGUGCAUACACAGGCUGAGACCUAUAUAAAUUUAUAGGAGUUCACACUUUUCUCCAUUGUGCAAAUUGCAAUUUAUUCCUAUAGUCUGCUUCCUAUCUUUUAACCAUAGCAUAUCUACCUCUUAUCCCAAAAUUGCUACGUUUUCUUGAGAAAUUUUGAUGAGGGACCUUGCCAAAAAGUUUCUGAACCUGAAGCGCAUAGUGUGUACUGGAGUGCUUAUAGCUAGCUUUUAAGAAUCCUGAAGGUUUAUUUAAACAAUAAAUUAAGAGUUACUUCUUUUAUUUGUUUAUUUUGUGUUUUUGUAUUGUAAAGGGAUUUAAUGAAGUGAUACUUAAAUAUGACACUAUAUUUUUUAAUAAACCCAGCAUUUCGUAUGGUUUGUAAAUCUCCUAUUACUUGUAGAAAACCUUUCGGCCAAAGAACUUAAGAAAAUGCUUAGUAAGCAAAGACGAGCACAGAAGAAAGCUAAACUGGAAGAGGAGAGAAAGCACGCAGAGCGAGAGAGGCAGCAGAAGAACCAAAAGAAGAAGCGAGAGGAGGAAGAGGAAGAAACCAGUGGUCCCAAGGAAGAAUUAGUUCCUGAAAAACUGGAAAGGGUAGACUUGUUUCUCCUUUUCUAUAUUUGUUAAACAUCGCAUAUUCAAAACCUUCUUCACUGUGCCAUAUCAAACCAAAAUAUUUACAGUAAGGUUGGGGUCAGUUAACUCACUGGCCUGACAUGUAGACCGCACAUAUGAUGUUCACAAUCUUGGAUUCACAUGUGCCGCUUUGUCUCGAAUGUGCCAACUGAUCGAGCACAUUCUGGGGGAUGUACAUGACUGAUCAGAUGACAGACACAUUGUACAUGCUGGAAGAGGGGCAUCAAGAUCAAAGCAAGCAUUUUGCUGCUUUCUUCUGAACUUUUAAGAGUUCUGUGAAACUUGGUUUUGCUCACAUAAUUCUCUUCCACUGGGCUCCUGUUCCAAACCUUUCUUGGUAUCAUGUUUGUUCAGCAGAGUUGCUUUUAAUUCCUUCCUGUGUUUCGUCUAUUGAGUGUUGUUCUCAAGAGUAGGCUUUAUGGUCAUACAUUUGUUCCCUCAACUUUGUCCCAUCUUCCUUGCUGCAAGAGAAGUGAACAGUCACAUUGGGAAAUCCCCUGUUUGAAUAACAAUGGGGUUAUUUAGGUAGGGCAUUAAGUUCUCUGCCCAGUGAUGAUGACAAAGCAGGGAGCCCGUUAACUUGAAACUUGCUUUCAGUUUCCCUCUAUAGGGUGGAUCCCGGGGAGAAAAUGAACAGCUGUUGGGCAUUUUGUAAUUCCUAAAGUACCAUUAUAUUGUAGUUGUUGGGAUGGCUCAAAGUUACGUCCAAGAUGCCAAGCUCCUUCUUAAGUAUUUAUACAACUCAACCUGUUUCGUUGACUAGCUGUCUUUUAGAAGGGCGGGUAACUAUGAUAAACACUAUUAAAUGCAUUGUGUGCAAAAAUACAUCAGUAAGAUUAUUGCAAGCUUGAUCUUUAGAGACUUUUUUGGUAUGACUUCAGUUUAUAACUAACUUGAAUUUCUUUUGGCAGGUUGGCAAUCCAUUAGAGGAAGCUAUUAAGUUCCUUAUACCACUUAAGAAUCUUGCGGCUGAUAACAUAGACACACAUCUUUUAGCAUUUGACAUUUAUUUAAGGAAAGGUAAAGUAUAUGUAAUUGUGAAACAGGAUUGUGAAAUAACAGGAUGAUUUUGUAAUAGUUACAUGUGUAGAUUUAUCCAUUAUUACGUAGUUUUCAGGUUACCUGUCUGCAAAAACACUAGUCAUCUCUGGGCUUGACUUACUGGGUUUUCCAUUGUCUCACCUUGGUCACAACUGUCCGGCACUGCUGCUCAAAUUAUUCAGUUUUCUUAUUGCUCUCUGCACAUAAUGCCUGUCCUUAAAUCCCUGCCCUGGCACCCUUUUUGCUCCCAGUUUCUGCGCAAGCUUCUUAUCAAGACCUCCCUCUCCCCCCACCCCCUUGUCUCUCCAUUUUUAUAUACCAACAUAUUCCUGUAUUUUGGUUUCAUUGGUCCAGCUCCACAAUCCCCGGUUGUCCAAAGGUCUCCUGCCACCUCAAACAACACCAUUUCUUAUUUCCUGCCACUUAUGCCUGAAACUUCCUCCCCAUCGACCAUCUCCCCUACUUCAUUCAAAUCCUCCUCCUCACCUUUUCUGUGAUGCUUUUACUACACUGUUAUCAUUCUCAUAAACUUCUAUGACUUAAAUAACUUCACAUUCAGCCCGUCUACCCCUGCCUCCAUUCACCUGCCCCUUCUCUGUUGUCUGCCUCAGGCCUGUUUCUUGGUUGUAAGCCCCUGUAAUGGGCUGGCUGGGCACAGAGGAGUGGUGGGAGGCAUCAGCUGGGGGACCUCCAAGGGAAUCCCAGAAGCUCAGAGCCAGGGGACUGGUGAUGGAAUGGCAAUGAGAGGUCAGAGGGAGAAGAAGGAGCAGAUUUGGGGGGAGGAGGUGUCAGAAGCAGAAGAGGUAACAGGGUUUAGCGAGCAGGAAGAAGCAGUGGGAGAGAGCAGUUCAGACUCGGAGGCUGAAGCAGAGGCUGGAGAAGAUGGUCAAGAGGCAGAGGGGAGACAGGUUCCUGAAGAAGCCAGGGAGUCUCCCCAUCCUGCUGCAACCACUUCUCUCCGCCUGGUCAUCUAGAACACGCAGAGAAAUGAAGAGCAGAACAGAGAUUGGCUGUGCGCAGACACAGUCUAUGACUGCUUGGGAAAGACCCUGGAGAGCAGGAGCCUUGGAGAGCAGUGGGGCCUUCAGUCUUUGCAGCUGCCUCAUUCGGGCAAGAUCUCCUGGGAGGAGUUUCUCGGACCACUAGGCCUGCGCUUUUGGGGCUUCUCUGAAUAAAGAGUUAACUUCUCUGACACUGUAUUUUUUUAUUGCUGGCCCACGUUUGACUUCAGCUCCUGGCAGCCCCAUAGGGCAGGGACCUGGCCUUGCCUUGUUCAUAAGCUGUCAGGUGCAUAUAUAAAUAAUAGGGGUCUCCUUUAUUUUGCAUGUGACACAUGAGUGAGAGUGUGUGUGCAGAAUACAAACAGCAAUACAAACAGAUUAUUCAAAUGUAAAUAACAUCAUAAAAACUAGUUCUUUAUUCUUGUAUGCAGGAAAGUUUCUCUUAAUGUUGCAGUCGGUUAAAAGAGCUUUUGCUAUUGACAGUAAUAACCCGUGGCUACAUGAAUGUUUAAUUAAAUUCUCCAAAUGUGGUAAGUAUAAGAUAAAUCUGCUGUUUGCAUGCUGUAAAACUGCACUUGGAACACUGAGGUACAGUCUUGUCAGAUGGUAACAACUAUGUGCUUUGUUGUUGUUUUUUGCUUUUUUAGUGUCUGAUCAUAGUAAUUUGCCAGAAAUUGUGAACAAAGUCCUAACCCAAGAAAUGCAGAAGAUUUUUAUUAGUAAAGAUUUGGAAAGUUUCAAUGAAGAAUUUCUCAGACGCAAUUCUACCUCCAUACGGCAUCUGCUGUCAGGUUGGUUUAUUUGUGUUUUAAAGGAUGACAUUAUGCCAAGCCUGUGUUUUAUGGUAGGACUUGAAGCAGGUUCAGGAGAAGAGCCCUGCUCCACAGACCAAAGGUCCAUCUAGCCCAGGACUCUGCCCCUGACAACCAUAAACCUCUAGGAGGCUCCUAAGAAGGCUUGAAGGCAGCCUGAAGUUGGUCAGUCACCAUGAAUUCAAGUUCUUUAAGGUCCUCUGUCUUCUAAAGCUGGUGACAAUCGUUCAGAUAAAACAAGAUGCUCUGGCUCAUUACAGACUUCCUGGUUUAUUCACUCCAUACCCUAUUUUCCAGGGACAGUGCCGAAAUUACGAAAGCCAUUCCGGGGUUUUUAUUUGAUCCCGGAAUGUCCCCGUCCUCUGCCUAUGCUGCUGCCGCCAAGCUUCGGGAGGAGUAGGUGGUGCUUGGCCCGAGCUGUGACGCUGCAAGGGAGCAUCCCAUUUCCUCUCUCUGGUCGCUGGUGCUAGCCUCAUCCCUUGGGCUGCUCAAAGUGGCUGCUGGAGAGCAGGCAAGGAGGAGGGGCUGUGGAGGCCCACCCAGCCUGGUGUGACACAUCGGCUCUGAGGCGCAGACAGAGGGCAGGGCUGCCCUGGGCAGGAAGAAAGGGGAAGCGGAACAGAGUGCAAGGAGUCUUGGUUUUUCUUUUUUAAGCUGAAACGAGGUUUAUUUAAAUCUGAGCACAUAGAGAAGUCCUUAUGCUAACUAGCACACAGCCUCCACCAACUUCUUUUAUUUUUUCUUCUGCUUUUCUGCGGAAGAACUUUGCUUUUGCAACUACAGGCUGCUUGGGCAGUUUCCCCUUGCCCAGGACUGUAUAAUAACCUGAGCGCACAACAUCAAUUACAGGUGAUAAUCCGGCUGGAUUUUUGGCAUACUUGAGCCUUGUCUGCUCACUAACAAGCGCCCACAGUUUUUCCAGGUUGACCGUGGGACAGAAGUGCUGGUUUUUCUUCAAGUGGUAAUCCUUUCCAAAAUAACCAGGAUGGUAUCUAUCAAAGUUAAUUAUUGUGGUGGUGCAGACGUCCAGCAUUACCACAUCCUCCAGGAUGCUUUCUAUGCUUACCAAUACGACCAUGGCCAUGGCUGACGUGACCUCACAGUUUCCUGGUCUUCCUCAGCCUUGAAGGCAUCUUGGCGGCUCCAAGGAGAUAAAGGAAAGGAGUGCUCCUCUCGCGAGAUUUCACGGAAAGGAAGGAGUCUUGAAUUUUAAAAACAAUGCUUUGUGUGUCCGUGUCUAAUCUUGCCCCUUUCUAAAAUUUAUGUAUUGGUUUGUGUUUUUCUUUCUGCAAAUCUACCAAAGAAUAAAAUAAAAUUGGGAUUAUGGGGUUUUCGCAGGACGGUGGAGGGGGUAUCUCUCGUCUGCUGUUGCUCCACAGCCAUUAGUAUUCAGAGGCGGAGUACCUCUGAACAUGGAGGUCCCAUGUAAUCAGUAUGACUCAUAGCCAUGGUACAUUUCUUCUCCAUGAAUUGGAGAAUUUGGCAAACACUCCAGCUGGUGGCAAUGAACUCCAUAACUUGGGUGAAGCAGCCCUUCCACCGUCCGGAAUGUGCUGCUGGUCAGUUUCAUUAGAUGAUUCCUAGCAUUAUCACUUCCAAGUUCAGAAGGAAGGAAAGUCUAAAUCAGACAGGGCCAAACUUGGCCCUCCAGAUGUUUUGGGACUACAACUCCCAUCAUCCCUCGCUAACAGGACCAGUUGUCAGGGAUGAUGGGAAUUGUAGUCCCAAAACAUCUGGAGGGCCAAGUUUGGCCAUGCUUGGCCUAAAUGAAGACUGAGAACUUGAAAAAACAUUGCUAAUUGUUGUCUUCAUCAUUUUGCAGUUUUAUAUAUGUGUUUAGUCUACCACCAGUCUUUAUGGGCUGAGGAUUUCCAUCUCUGUCGUCCCCAUUGUCUUCUAUUAUUAGAAUGCCUUCCCCCAUUACUUCAUCAGGUCUUUCCCAUGGGGUUUUCUUACUCUAUUAUCUUUUUCUUUUGUGUGGUGUCUAUUCUUAGUGGCUUCCGAACUGUAACUCACAAUUUCAGGUCGUUAGCAUGGAUCUUGCUACAUUUGCUGCCCUUUAAAAGUCAUGUUUAUUGUUAAAUACACAGCCAAAUUACAAAGCUAAAUUACUUUAAUUACUUUAAUGAGGUAACUGUGGAUAAUUGAACUUAAUUUUCUCUUGUCUUCAUUAAUUGCUUUAGUACCUGUGGCAAAUAAAAAAUAUAUUCAGAUUUUGUGUCAUGGUUCGCCUUUAAUUUAGACUUAUUGGAGUUCAACGUGUAAUGGUUGCAGUGAGAAUUUGAAGUCAAAUACCCGGUUCUGAGUGAAGUAAGGUUUUUUCCCCUCCCAGAACCUCAGAAUAAUUGAGGUCAUAUCAAUUAAACAUAUCAUUAAGUUCUCCCUUUGAAUGGUUUCCCUGUUCAUAAAUCUAUGCCACUUCUUUUUCAGGUGCCAAGAUGAUGUAUUUCCUGGACAACUCAAGACAAGAGAAAGCUAUUGGCAUUGCGACUAAACUAGAUGAAACGAUGACAGACAAAAAUGUGAAGGUAAUUCAUUAUUACGGUUGUGAAACUGAAGUUUCUAGAUAGUAUGCUGUUGUGAAUAGUGCAUGAGGUGACAUGUGCAUGAGCAGGUGUGGGGAACCUUUAGCCCCUGGGUAGGCAAACUAUGGCCCAGGGGCUGGAUGCGGCCCAAUCGCCUUCUCAAUCAAGCCCACAGACGGUCCGGGAAUCAGUGUGUUUUUACAUAGUAGAAUGUGUCCUUUUAUUUAAAAUGCAUCUCUAAGUUAUUUGUGGGGCCUGCCUGGUUUUUUAAAGGAGUAGAAUGUGUGCUUUUAUUUAAAAUGCAUCUCUGGGUUAUUUGUGGGGCAUAGAAAUUCGUUCAUUUCCCCCAAAAAAAUUUAGUCCGGCCCCCCACAAGGUCUGAGGGACAGUGGCCCCCUGCUAAAAAACUUUGCUGACCACUGCUUUAGCCCUUCUUAUGUUGUACUGCAACUCCCAUCACCCCUGAUCAUUGGCCAUGCUUGCUAGUGCUUAUGGGAGUUGUAGUUCAGCUGAAGCUUACCCACUCCUGUAUUAGAGGAUAAACGGGAAGGUAAACAGCGUUUCCGUGCACUCUGGUUUCCGUCACGGUGUCCCGUCGCACCAGAAGCGGUUUAGUCCUGCUGGCCACGUUACCUGGAAAGCUGUCUGUGGACAAAACUCCGGCUCCUUCAGCCUGAAAGCGAGAUGAGCGCUGCAACCCCAUAGUCUCCUUUGACUGGACUUAACUGUCCAGGGAUCCUUUACCUUACCUAUUAGAGGAUAACACAUGGAAGAAAACAGUAUUUUGACUUCCAGUGGAAAAGAAAAAAGAUCGCAGCAGCAGCCCUACACUUGAGAGAGGAGCUAAUAGGGAGGGGUGUUUCUGUUGGGAUUAUUUUGUGGAAGACACCCCAACUUAAAAAUAAUCCUUUUUUCUAUCUUCAGACUUUAACAACAGUUUUGGAAUCCUUACUUGAUGGCAGCUUUGGAGUCAGUCCCACCCAGAGCGAUGAGUAUCGGCUGGCCUGCCACAAACUCUUUCCUUUAGCAUCUGCAUUUGUCUCUCCCACGAAGGAAGAUGAUGGUAGCUUUGCAUCGAUCAAUCAUACAGCCAUUCAUCACAAUGUGCUGUCCAAUGAAAUUUAAAGCCGAGCAAUGAAUGGGAUUGUGCUCUCUUCCAGACUGGUUGAACAUAGUUCAGGGUUUCUACUUCCGAACACAUUGGAAAAAUUCAAACAGGCAGUUGAAUGAAAAUGUCCUGUGCUAUGAGCUCAUUUCUCUCAACAGGAGCUGCUGAUAUUUAUGUAGACAUCUAUCUCUGCAUAAUACUGGUUAUGUUUAUAUUUGUACAGUUAUGGAUCUUUUUAUCCAAAAUCAUGGACACAAGAGAUUGACCAUUCACAUGAAUGCUGUUACAUAUUCAAAUAAGUACAGCCACUUCUUAUAAAACCUAUUGGAUUAGCAAACUUGGCAAGUUAAAAGGGUUAUCAUACUUGUCCAUUGUUUUCAGCUUUUUUAUUUGUUUCUUUCAAAGCACAAAUCCUAAUUAUGGGUGAGGGCAAUUUUCUGUUUAUUUAAAGCAUUUUAUGGAAACCGUGCUUAAUUCGGAGAGCUUAUUUGUGUUUUUAAAUUGGUAUGCUUUUUUUUAAAAAAGCUAUAACCUCCUUUUUCUCGUAACUAUUAGUUUGAACUGUUUAUUAAAUAUUUUUGAACUAUUGAAUACCCGCUAUUACUGUUUAGAUACUUGUUUCUUCACCACUUACAAAUUUUGAAAUAUUAUUCCACUUUUUUGGGGGGGGCGAGGGUACGACAACAUAGAAUGUGGCCAAUCUCAGAUAAUAAGUUAUGUUUAAAUAUGAUGUUGAGCUCUGUUAAAACUCACAAGAAGUGAACUUCAGUUUUUGCUGAAGGAUUGAUUUAAGUGCUAUAAAGCAAUUAGUGGUUAAUAUUUACUUUAACAAAUUUAAAUGAGCACAAUUAGUUUGUCUACAAAUCAUAGUUAAUAUUUUUCUUUGUAUUUUGGUGCAUUAAUCCAAAUGGAUUAUGUCUACAACAUAUCAAAGUUCUAAGUCAACCAUCUUAAAUGUUUUACUUCGUGGCAUCAAUGGCUAUUCAUGACAACUUUAUAUAAACUGCUGUCCAAACUUAAAAUACACCCUGGCUUGUACAGAAAAUCCAUUUUCUGAAAAAUAAUCGAACCAGUUUAUUUUCCUUUUUAUGGUUAAUGUAAAUAUUUCAGUAAUAUUACUUAGGCCCUAUGCAAAAUCCAAGAAGGGAAGUUUUAUCAAGACAGACAGUUACCUUGAAGACAGUCUCUUCUGACAUAGUUGAAUGAAAAAUUCACUGUAAAAUAAUGCCAACUGAUGUAAUGCUGUAAUAAAUUAUUUUGUACACAUUG